UGGUAUAUUCAUCGGUGUGGCAUUCCAUCCAUAAACAGGUACAUGUAACAUACAUUAGAAGCCAUUAUUUUGAUCACAGAAGACAAUUUUGUGAAUUUAGAAGAUUGUAGGUUUGCCCUUAAAGGUACUGACACUUAAAGGAAUAUAAUUUUUGUGGACUGUUUCAGGAAUCCUGUUUUAUUUUUUGAUAUUGGGAUAAAAAAAGCGCAUUAUUUUUAUUUUAAUAUUAGAAAGUAAGAUAACUGCUUGAUUUAAGUGUUGAAAGGGACAUAAUUCAUCAAGCCUACAAAAUUACAAUAAUAAAGGUAUUCAAUGAAAGUAUGUAUCAAUAAAGAGAUAAUUCAUCUUCAUGUAAAAAAACCUUUGCGAAUUUAUUAAUUAAACUGCUUUUAAUUAUCUGUGAUUAAUGCGGUCAAAAAGGGGAUAAGUGUGCUUGAUGUGAUAACCAAGGGAAAUAACUGUGUAUUUCCCACACAAUGAAGAAACAGAACGUGAGAACUUUAUCUCUAAUCGUUUGUACGUUUACAUAUCUACUAGUUGGAGCGGCUGUUUUUGACGCCCUGGAGUCAGAAUUCGAAGUGGAGAAUCGACAAAGACUACUUAGCGAGGAGCACGCUUUACGCGAAAAGUACAACAUGACAGAUGCAGACUUUUUCCGUCUUCGAUGGAAUAUUAUUCAUACUGUGCCAUAUAAGGCAGGUACGCAGUGGAAAUUUGCUGGAGCGUUUUAUUUUGCGCUAACUGUGAUCACAACAAUCGGUUAUGGUCAUUCUACACCACAGACGAUUGGUGGAAAAAUAUUUUGUAUGUUUUAUGCGCUAGCAGGGAUUCCACUGUGUAUCGUUAUGUUCCAGUCUGUGGGUGAAAGGCUAAACACAUUUGUGACUUUUUUGUUAAAACAGUUACGCAAAUGUUUUAAAUUAAAAAAUCCAGAAGUUUCACAGACUAAUUUAAUUUUAAUUACAAUGAAUUUAUCUAUGAUAGUUUUAACGACCGGUGCGGCCGCAUUUUCUAGUUACGAAGGCUGGGAAUAUAUUGACUCUUUAUAUUACUGCUUUAUCACCCUAACAACCAUUGGAUUUGGGGAUUACGUGGCAUUACAGAAAGACAACGCAUUACAAACUAAGCCUCAAUAUGUAGCGUUCAGUUUAAUUUUUAUAUUGUUUGGAUUAACAGUAAUUUCUGCUGCUAUGAACCUUUUAAUUUUACGGUUUCUAACCAUGAAUACCGAAGAUGAAAGAAGGGAAGAGCUAGAGGCAGCGGUGGCUGCACAAGGUGCAGUAAGAUUGGACGGUGAUAUCAUAACUGCUAACGGCAAUGUAGUGUCGGGUGCUCAAGAGAUGCCAGAAUUUAACGAUUUAGUUAGUGUGUGUUCCUGUAGUUGUUAUAAUUUACGAUCAAAGUGUCGACCACGAUACAAAGUGACAAGGGGACCCACAAAAAUAGGACAUUUGUUACCCAUGCAGUCCGUGGCAAACAAUCGGGAGGAUUCACAUAGUUGCGUCGAAGACACAAACUCAUACCUUCAGUGGCAAUUAAAUCGCAAAAGAGCAUCCAUUUGAAUAAAAGGUGGAUGUAUCGCUUGCUUUAAUCAUUGUCUUUCAAAAAUGGAAUGGUGAAAAAGUAUGGGCUAUUUUACAGUUAGUGAGUGACAAAGUACCAGCUGUGAGCUUUUGUUCAAUUAGUGAAAAUGUGUGAGCUUAUAUUUAAUUAGUGAAAGAGUGAGAGCUUUUAUUUAAUUAGUGAAAUCGUGUGAUCCAUCAUCUAAUGUUUAAUAAAGUGUGUUCUUAUUUGUCAGACUGCAAUUGGAUAUCAAAAUGGUAACAUGACAACACCUAUGUCCAGCCAGCAGGCAUCUGUUUCGUGUUCUUGUAAACACAUUCAGUGAUAAAAAUUAUUGAUUUUCUUUCAUAAUAUCAAAAAUCUACACCUGAACUUCAAGUGGCAUUUAGUAUUUGAAGACUUACACACGAAAACUUAUACAUGGAAUAACAAUUACUUAUUACAGUUGCAUGGUUAAUAAACAAGUAAUUAUUAUAACAUGUAUAGGUUUUAGUGUGAGCUAGAUCUGUUGUUAAAUGAAAAGAAUUUGAUCACAUAGCAAAUCCAGAUUGGAAGACAUAAUAAGUUGAGGUCACUCUUCUAUUUUUGAGUUAUUCAACAUUUAGUUGCCUAUAUUGAAGAGAGAUGUAAAAUUGAGUAAAAUGUACUUUUGAAAAACAUAUACACAUAGAUAACAAAAUGGUCAAUGGGGAUAGCAAAUUGAUCAAAAGGAAUAAUAACAGGCUGAUCAAAAGGAGUAACAAUGUGAUCUUACGUUGAGUAAUGAAUUUGAUUAUUACUUGGCAAUAACAAAUGUAAAACUGACUAGGAAUAACAAAUGUCUAUGAAUUAAGAGUAACAGAUGUAAUAAACUUGAAUAAUGUUAUCAGGUGAAGUAACAAAUGUGAAUGUAAUCAGGUAAAGUUACAAAUGUUAACAUGGUUGGCUGAAGUAACAAAUGUUAAUGUGAAGUAACAAAUGUUAAAGUGAAGUAACAAAAUAAUAACGUGUGUUGGAUCUGUUUUUUAACUAUUUGACUUUGUGUGGUUCAUGGCAUUGAAGUCAGCUGUGAAAGAUAUCCAUAUGGAUGCAAUUCAGUGCAUGAAUCUGAUUCAUACUUGCCAUUUUCAUCAUUAUCCGUUCAACUUUGAUUUUAAAAACAAUUAUUAUUAUUACUAUUAUGGAAAUGUUGUUAAAUUUUUAAAUCAGUAAAAUAUAAAUGUUAUUCUGUGGACUGGACUGGUGUGCAAUUUUAUUAUUUAAUUGAGGGAAAAAGGUAUUAUAUUUGUAUAUUUCUUGUUAUUGUAUAAUAUUUAAUAAUUUAUAUGAUGAUUAUUCUUGAGUGAUAGACUAGAUUAUCAAAAUGUACAUGUAGUAAGUGAUUUGAUGUAAUGUAUAGAAUUCCAUCACUACCUCUAUGUCUGGCCUGGAUAAAUAUAGCUAGUUUUAAUAAUCAUGUCAUAAUAUGCCUUGCAAGAGGCCUUGAAAGGGCUUCCAUACCAUGAGACACUCAAAUUUCCUCCAUGUUUUUCUAGUGACCUUCAUCUCUAUUUUACAGUUAAAAUGGCCCUCAAAAACAAUUGGCAUUGCAGCAUUAAUUAAUUCGCUAGACUAGGAAUUAUCAUUGAAAUGAUUGAUAUAAAUAGGUAUUGGCCAGUUUUAUUUUCUCAUCUUAAGACAUUUCUUUAUAGAACGUGCCUAGUAAUGUGCAGAUUGUGAUUCAUGCACUCCAGAUACAUGUAAGUCUAUCAAAUCCUGCAAUACAAAAAAUUGUGCAAAAUAUUUUUGCAGGUUUUGAUUAUUGAAAUAUUUGUUUGACUGUCUAAUCAAGCUAAAAUUUAUUAUUAUACUGCAUGACAGAUGUAGAAUGAAUCUCCUGCUACACAAGAACCAAAAUAAUAUGUAGUUUUAAUAAGAUUAGAUGUCACUGUUAUGAAAAUCAAACACAAUCAAUCUUAAACCACUAUUCACAAAAUCGAGUAAUGAGUACAAGCUGGCAUGGAAAUAAUGAUUUUAUUUGUACCUGACAAAAUGUCAAGUGGAACACAUUAUAUAAUAUAAAUAUCAAUAAAAAUGCAGAAAGGCGAUAAAUCUGUGCCAGCCAACAUAAUACCAGAGGAACUGUGCCAGACAAGGCUGGAAUUUGUUACUGACAUUGGUCUGUGACAGGUGCCUUAUUCCCUUAUAUUUUACUUUACUAGAGCAUUGUGGUGGUUUAAACUGGUAACAUCCAUAAAAGACCGUUAGUUAGGGUUGAUUGAUUUUUAAUUAGCCAAUUGUAACUGUACAUUGAGAGUACAUAAUUGUACUUGAAGAUCACUGAUGAGCAUGAACAAAACUAGAGUGAUACAUGUGAAUAAUUUAUUCUGAUAUUUGGUUAUGUUGUGAAAAUAAAUUAAUUAGGAUUAAACAAACUACUUCCAAUGUAUUAUAAACUGUGAUUUUAUUAAUAAAACCAUUUAUUAGUUCUCAACUAAUUUUUCUAGUCAAUGAUCAUUUUUAUUUAUGUGUAAUAAGUUUAAAGAAGCUAGCUAGACCUCUGUGAUUUAGGUCAAAAUAAAGUAUUGAAUUGAGUUGAUCUCAUGUAUUAUUUUGAUUAAGGGGAAGUCGGUUUAUUACUAAUUUUAGUUUAAAUGUUUGUUUUCUGUGUCGACAGUGUAACACAAUAUAUGUUCCAUCUCACAUUAGCUUUCUCUAAAGAUGUAACAUUUUCAACAGAUUGGCAUUUCAGAAACAAAUUAACUCACAUUGAAAUCAACAAUUACAUUUUUGGCCCAAAUCAAAGAGGUUGAGUCAUUUUAAGUUUAAAUUUGUAAUUUUAGAACAAAUUUACAACAUUUUUAGCAAUCACUGCCACAAUAAUUGUGGAACAAUAUCGGAAUUUGUCCAUCGACGAGUCUCUAUUGCUUCCAUUCUCUCAACAGACCAUACUUAUUCAACUAUUUACAUAACUUAAUUCUGAUUUAUAAUAGUUGUCAUGAGACAAACAGUAAUGGCUAUGGCCAUCAAUAACUUCAAAAUAUAAUAAAUAUUUAUUUUAUUUACAUAACAUCAGAAAACUAUGAAUUAUUGUUUUCUACAUUUUUAAAUGUUUUUCAUACGCCCACAUUGGAGUAUAUUGAUGUCAUAUUCCCAGACUGUCCGUCAGUUGUUCACAUUUCUUGUAAGGUAUACAAUCUGAUUGAAACACAGAUCCUAUUUCGUUUCGUUUUGUAUAGUUCAAAAUUUCAUUUUACUUGCCUUUACCACACUAGGAUCUGGAAGAGUUGUUAUAUAAUCCUCUUUUUGUUACGGCGGGUUUUUGGCGUGAGGUGCACAGAACUAUGGCUAACCCGCUAGAAACAUCAACGCUGAUUAAUCAAAUGUCUAACAUCAUAGGGUCAAAAGCCACUCAUAUGACCAUGACCUCUGAAGCAACCUUCCACUAUAACCGGUCAGAUCUUCAUGUAGUAGAGGCCAUCGAAAGUAUAAAAAAACGAAACGAAGUAUAGAUCUGAAUUUUUCUAGCAGAUUGUAGCAUAUAAGAUUAGAGGCCACAAUAAAACAUACAUCUUUGUGUCUUUUGUCUCUCUCAUUGAAAUAAAGAAGUCUAUUGAUUAUCACCUUCUGAGAUAUGCUGUCCCUUUAUUAUGAAAUGGUGUUAGCACUUUAUAGGCUGCAAUUAUUUCUAGAAUUUAUAAUGGUUGACUACCCUGUAGAAAGGGUAGUCUCGGUUAUCCAGAACCUCCUAGUUUUCAACGUAAGGAGGGUCUGGGACCGUUGUCAAUAUUUGACGAAAAGUUCCAUUGCCUAUGCGUAACCGGGAGUUUGUUCUUUUUAUGUGGUUGAUUAUUCAGUAUUUUUUACAAGUCAAGUAAGAAUCGUGCCCCCUCCCGCAAUAAAUCCCACAAUUAUUGCAUUAUUAUAAACAAACAUGAAUCGUGACGACAAAUUAGAGUUAAUUAAAAAAAACAAUAUUAUAGAUAUGGCCCAUGAAGAGAGAAAUUUUACAAUAAAAAAAAUUAAGAGUGUUGGAUAUUGAACUGGCAAUGCAGUCAAACGGAUUUUCUGAAAUGGCAUUCAUAAAUUAAUUUCAUGGUCGUCAACAUCUUGUUUUAGGACUAGUUACCUCCCUUAGACUUUGUUAAUGAUAAUGUGAAAGACCAGAUAAUCUAGCCAAUGACCUAUUAUUCUCAAAUGUUGACAACGUUUCCAGACUAAUUUAUAUUCGUAGAAUAUUUUUCUGGAUGAUAGAGACUAUUGAAAGGGAAGAAUCCUUUUGAUUCUCAACAAAUUUUGAUGACUUCCAGAGUUAUUGACUUUAGUUAUGAUCUGAUCUUUCGAAAUGCUUAUGAAUUGCUUAGUUCACCACAGCUCAGACAACUUAGGUGGGUGCAUGUUUCAUUGUCUGGCAACCCAUGUUUAUCAUGGUGAUACCCCCCACCACCAUUAAAAUGUUUUAAAGGUACGAAUUUGACUGUAUAAUUUUAUACUAUAUAAAUAUCGACAUAUUAAUAGAUUUUAAUUUGUAAAUAAUCUCCAUUGUUUUAUUUAUUUUAUUUAUUUAAUUUAAUUUAUUUCAAAGAUAAAAUUUUUAACAAUAGAAAUUUACUUGAAGCAUAAAAUAAUUUGUAAAGGCCUGACACUAAAAUAGAACAAACCAUAUCAUCUCAGAAUCUCUCAUUAAUUAAGUUAGCUUGUAUUUAACCAUUUAUAUAACUUGGCAUAAUAGUUUGAAAGAUUUACAAUGUUAGCCCUGAUCUUGGUCUUCUCCUUGGUCCUCUAGAGUUACCUGCACUUGAGUAUAGGCUAUAACUAUCUUAUUAUUCUUUGAGACUAAAUGCAAUGGAGUUUAAUAACAAACUUCUAUUAUAGUACUUCUGUUCAGCUAAAGCCAAUCAAAGUCCACUUCCUCACCUUUCCAAUACCUAUAGCGGACUGGAGGUGAAGGCCAAAAUCUUUUAUUUUUAUUUAUUUAAGUUAAAGCAAUGAUUGGUUGUAUUAUACAAUAUUUUGUAGUUUUUAGUAUUUCUUCACGGUCAGGGACUGUAUUUAUCAAAUUAAAUUUAAAAAAAUGAAUGAAAAACUGUACUGCCAUCAACAAGCAAAUUAGCUCAGUUUGUGUGGAGGUUUUCGCUACUUUGUUUAAUUGCAAUGGGGUGGCAUACCCUAAUCGUAUUUUUCACUUGAACAUAUUUAUUACCUGGGUUAAUCCCACUGUAUUUUGCUACACCAAAUUUAAUUGGUUGUUGUGAAUGAAGCCUAUAGGAGACUUACUUUACACCAGUUCUUGGAAGUUUCCUUGAAGAUAUAUAUAAGAAUUUCUCAGGACUUUAUAAAUACAGCCCCUGAAUUCAUAUCUUCAUUAAUACAUCAUUUUUAAUACCCUAAUCAUAGUUAAUUUGGUAACUGGUUAUUAAUAUUAAUAUAACAAAUAGAAGACACUUCCUCUAAUUUUUUAGAUAGACUUUUAUGAAUAUUUUAUUUUAAAAUAAAUUUAUUUAUACUUGUUGAAGCAAUCUCACAUUACAUAAUAGUUAGAUGGAAUCUCAUAUAUGAUUUAUUUAUGUUUUAUUACAUUAUUUUUACAUUUUUCUGGUUAGAGAUAUAUAAGCAUCGAAAGAGGUUUAAAAAAUGUAUAUACUCGUAUUUAGAAAGAAACAAAAUUUUCAAUAACUCAGUGCUUUGGACUACUCCAGGGAGAAAUUAUUCUAUGUGAGAUGAAUUCAGUGUUAAAAAAAAUUACCAUACAACAAUUCGGUUACUAAAAUUUGACAUCUCUUUCUCUCUCUCUGUGAAUUUUACAAAAAUAAGGCUGAUAAAGGUCAUUGAUUCAUGUAAUUGUUAAGAGCUUCUUAAAAUGUAUUUUUUACUUUCAACCAUUUUAAAACUUAAAUUCAUUCAUGCAUUCCAUUUUUUUUCAUUCAUUGUUACUUCAUUGUUACAGUAGUUUGUGAUGUCAUCAAAUGUUGAACUCAUAUACUGGUGAUUUCAUAAUGAAAUGAUAUCAUCACUUCUGUUAAAUAAGAUAUUUUAUGUCAUUUUGCAAAAACAAAAAAACUAUUAAAGUAUGUUUCCAAAAUA